GCGGCCGUUUUGAAUGCAAGAAUUGCAAGACCAAGAAAACAACAUUUCGAUUUUGAUUCAUCAAUUAAUAGAAGCAGAAAUCUGUUUCCAGCAUGCCAAGCAAACAACAAGGUAAAACACUGUUGGAGGUUUUUGGAGAAUGUCAAAAUGGAGUGCACAACCAUGCCAAGCUCACCGCAGCGCUUCGAAGCACGUAUGACAAGCUGGAAGACAAGUCACCGUUCCACCAGGAGUUUUUAAGCUACUUCAAGCAUGCUCUGAUUAUCUUCAAGCGAGAGCCUGCUGUUGAGCGAACUCUGGAUUUUGUCGCCAAGUUUGCCGUGUCGUUCGCCAACACAGAGGACUCUGGGGAAGAAACAGAGGUCGAGGAAUCGGCAGAGACACCUGACAAUAACUUCCUGCUGUUCCUCUUUGCAUUUCUGUUCAAGAAUCACAAUGCACAGGACCGAGCUGUUCGCUUCCGCGUCUGCCAAAUGAUCAACAAGUUAUUGAACAGCCUCGGCGACAAUGCGCAGAUCGACGAAGACCUCUUUGAUCAGAUCUACGACUGCAUGCUGAUCCGACUGCACGAUAAGUUCCCUGCCGUGCGUACCCAGGCCGUGACGGCCGUGUCCAGGCUGCAAGAACCAAGCGAUGUUGACUGUCCAGUUAUAACCACUUAUUUACAUCUGAUGAAGUUUGAUGGUAGCUACGAGGUCCGUCGUGCAGUUCUGAUCAACAUCACAAUGUCCACCAAGACGGUUCCACAGAUCCUGGAGCUUACCCAUGACGUCAAAGAAGUGAUCAGGAAGACGGCUUAUCAGGUCUUAGCAGAGAAAGUGCACAUCAAAGCGUUGACCAUCGCCCAACGUGUACGGUUGCUACAAGAUGGCCUGACUGAUCGUGCAGAUUCAGUGAAGGAUGCGUGUGCUGGCAAGCUCCUACAGGCAUGGCUUCGUAUCUAUGACGGGAACGUUCUGGAUCUACUAGGGUGCCUGGAUGUAGAGAACUCCUGCAAGACGGCUGAGCUGGCCCUUAACGUCAUCUUCAAGAAGGUCCAAUCUCAGGAACUGGUCGACAACUUUGAUCUGCUCGACGGCACAUCGGUCGUUCCAGCAGAAAAACUAACGUGUGAGAGUGCCCUCUACUGGCAGUGUUUGUGCAGUUUCCUGAAGAGCAGCGGCACAGAGGGAGAAGCGUUACUUGACAGAAUGCUACCCAGCGUCUCUGUGUUCUCCAAACACCUCAGAAGUUUCCUUGAUAAUCUGAAGCCAGCUGCUUUGAACGAGACCGAAGUUGAGGAAACGCUGAAGCAGGAGUUCGUCGCUCAACAGCUGCUCAAGAUGUGCGGCAGUCUGGACCUCUCGGAUGAAGUAGGAAGGAAGCAACUUGAUGGGAUGAUACACGACAUGCUGAUUACACCUCACAUUCCCUCUUCCCUCGUCCCCCUGCUUAUGACCCACUACUCCAAACUACACCCUGGGGAUGAGGAGCUCGUCCCUCUGACUGCUGAGAUCAUCGCCGAUGUCAGAGAGCCCAUCUCCAUCUUGGAGACGAGCAUCACCCAGGAGGAACAGCGCAAGAAGGAUCUUAAAUUGGCCAGCGUUCGUGUUGACUUGAACCAGGCCAGAGAUGCGUUGGAGGAUUGCGUUAACAAAGAGGACUUUGGCCGAGCGGCUGAGCUAAAGGAGAUAGUGUCUGAAUUGGAGGCUAGCAAACAAUCCCUGCUGGAGGAAUCCAGUAUCAGCAUCCGGGAAGUCCGUACCGAGAAGAGUGACCCUGCGAUUUUAGUGAAGUGUUUGACCAUCGCCAGCGAGAUGCUACAACGCUUGACCACCAGAGGUCUAAGCCCCACCCUGCAGACCCUCAUCGAUACACUGGUGCUCCCUGGUGUCCAGAACCUGGACCUGUCCGUCCGCAACAUGGCUGUAAAGUGCAUCGGGCUAGCCUCCCAGCUCAGCCGUGAUUUGGCUCAUCUGCACUUGCUUCUCCUUAUGCAGAUUUCCCAAGUGGAUCAGGAGACAAUCCAAGUGACUGCCCUGAAAUCCAUCUUUGAUCUCCUGCAUACCUACGGACUAGAGGCCUUCAAGAUAGCUUCUAGUGGGUCUUCAAGUAGCGGCAGCCCUGCCGACAGCGCCAACGAGGAAGAGGGGGCUGAGGAUGGUGUAGGGGCACAGCAACAGGACAAGAAUGCAGCUAACAGCGUCCUGUCAAUCCUUACAAGGCUGUUGGACAAUGAGAGCUCUGAGGUUUGUACAGUCGUCGCUGAGGGUAUGGCUAAGCUUCUUCUCUCUGGUAGGGUGACGAGCACAAAGCUCCUGUCUCGUCUCCUCUUGCUGUGGUACAACCCAACCACCGAGGAGGACCUCCAUCUUAGACACUGUCUCGGAACGUUCCUCCCCUUCUUUGCUUUUGCAACGAGGGCUAAUCAGGACUGUGUGGAGGAAGCUUUUCUUCCGACACUAGAGACGCUGUUCAAUGCACCGACCACCUCCCCCCUGGCCCAGGUGAAUGAGAAUAACGUAGCAGAGCUGUUGGUCAACCUGACGGAUCAGCGAAACCUGAGGCAGGAGACUGCUUUGCAGGAAAGCUCUGUACAUGAUAGUCUUGCUCUCAAGGUGUGCAAUAAGAUCCUGCAGGAUAUGGAGGCUCCGGGUGUACGUGUCCUAUGCAAGGCCCUCAAUCUGCUCCAUCUGACCUCCUCAAACACCGCUGCAUUGAAGGAUCUUAGCGUCUUGGCCGAGCAGAUGAUGCAGCAAGCCGAGGAGAAAAUGGUCAAGAAACAACUGGACAAGUUUUACCAGGGGCUUCAGGAGUACCUGAAAGAGGGCGAGCAGGCUGCCCCUCAGGACGAGCAAGCUGCCCCUCAGGACCCCGAGGCUGCCCCUCAUGAUGGUGAGACUGCACCUAAGGAUGAGGAGGUUGCCCAAAUUGAUGAUGUUGGAGUCACUGGUGAUAAGAGUCUCCAGGAGGCUGAUGAUACUGCCAUUGAAGAGGAAGCUGGAGAGCUGGAUGGUACCGCACGGCCCUCAGUGACUGACCGUAUUCCAUCAGUUAAUGCUACACCAUCCAGCACGAAACAGAACAGUGCAGAGGAUGGGCAGAACGAAACGCAAAGGUCAACUAGAGGUCAACCUGGAGUCAUUCUUGAUGAGGAUACAGAGAACAGUGUGUUUGAGAGUCCUGCCGUUAUGCCUCGCCGAACACAAAGGUCAAGGCAACGCUCAAAGGUCAAGAUGUCUGCACUGCUUAGCGACAGCGAGUCGGAGUCCGAGAUCAGGGCCAGUAAAUCACGAUCCAGUCGAAGAAACCGAUCUGUUCUUGCUCCUUUGAAUACUGAUGAGAGCAAUUGAUCCUUUGAACUUUCAAGGCGAGUCCAUUCCAGAGAUCUUCGAAAAAAUAUUUAUCUACUUUUCGCCACAUAGUUUCCCAAAACAUUGAUUUACAUGUAGACUUUGGAUCGAGGCCUGGGCCCUUUUUCACAGGGCUGCUCAAUCACAAAAUGUAGCUUAGCACAACAACAUUAUGCUUACCAGAAUAAGGUUACUAGCCAAACUGUACAACUUGUGACUGGUAUCCUGCUCGUUGCUGCUUAGCAGAAAAUGUAUGAGCAACAUUUUCUGCUUGGACACCCAGCUUAUAUUUUACAGCUGUUAUUCAAGUGCGUGAAAUUUAUUUUGUGAAAGGCUUUUGAGUGUGUGUAUAUAGGGGUUUUUUUUUUGCAUUAAUGUAUUUUACUUAAUUUGUGAGGCCCCUGUAUAAAAUCUAAUACUUUUAGGGAAUAUUUAAAUAGGCAUUAAAGGCAGUGGACACUACUGGUAAUUGUCAAAGACUAGCCUUCACCGUUGGUGUAUCUCAAGCAUAA